AUGAACGAGAAUGAGUUAUCCACCAGUGAGAAUGAACUGCCUAAACAUCUUCACAGUCUUUACGACAGGAGUGUACGUAGUCUUCCGAACGAAGACGAGCAGCGGUUAUUGAGUCAUUUUUUGUGUGAGAACUCUGAUGUGUUUUCAAAGGAUGCUACUGACAUAGGACAAACGAACGUGGUGAAACAUAACAUCUUCACUGGUGACCAUCCUCCUAUAAAACAACAAGCAAGAUGGAUGCCAAGAGUAAAAAGAGAGGAAGCGGGACGAGCUGUGGACGAAAUGUUGAAAGGGGGAAUUAAAGAGCCAUCAACAAGUCCUUGGUCGUCACCUAUCAUAUUAGUGCGUAAGAAAAACGGCACUACACGGUUUUUCGUGGAUUACCGUAAGCUGAACAACAUUACAAGAAAAGACUCGUAUCCGCUGCCGAGGAUAGACGAUACAAUGGGAGCUUUACAAGGAGCGACUUGGUUCUCAACUCUUGACCUGAAGUCUGGGUACUGGCAAGUUCAACUUAGCGCCGAAGCCAUGGAAAAAACAGCAUUCUCGGUAACAGGCCUUGGACACUGGCAGUUUAAAGUCAUGCCUUUUGGACUCUGCAAUGCACCCGCUACCUUUAAAAGACUGAUAGAACAUAUGUUGGCAGGUCUUUCGUGGAAGGUAUGCUUAGUAUAUCUGGACGAUGUUAUAGUUUACGGAUCGUCAUUUUCUGAUCAAAUGGAGAACCUGAAGGAAGUUCUUCAGUGGUUAAGAUGGGCACGCUUAAAGUUGUCACCGGAUAAGUGUAUUCUUUUACAGCGCGAAGUAUCUCAGAUACAUUGUUAAGAAGAAUGGUGUGAAGGUGGACGCGAGAAAGUUAGAAGCAGUUGCAGAAUGGCCUAUACCACGAAACGUAACAGAAGUUAAGAAAUUCUUAGGGCUGGCGUCUUAUUAUAGAAGAUUCAUUGCUAAUUUCGCUGAAAUCGCGAAGCCGCUUCACAAGUUGACAGAGAAAGAUGCAACCUUUGCGUAGACAAACGAGUCGGAUAGAGCCUUUAAGAAGCUCAAAGAAGUCUUGUGUAGUGUUCCUAUUUUAGUUUUUCCUAGAGAAGGCGCAGAGCUUAUUCUUGAUACAGACGCGAGCGGGGAAUCCGUAGGAGCAGUCCUAAGUCAAAAGAGUGAAAAUGGAGAUGAAAAAGUAAUCGCGUAUUAUAGCAAAGUACUCAGUGAAACUGAACGCCAGUACUGCGUCACACGAAGGGAACUACUAGCCGUAGUACAGGCAGUGUCUCAUUUGCAUUGUUAUUUGUAUGGGCAACAUUUCCAGAUUAGAACUGACCAUUCAGCUCUCCAAUGGCUUUUGCGUUUUCGUCACCUGGAAGGUCAAGUGGUAAUCUUAGAGGAAAUCUUAGAGGAAUAUGAUUUCAGGAUUGAAUUUUGUCCAGGAAAGGGACAUCAGAAUGCAGAUGCAAUGUCGAGACGCCCUUGUGUUAAUCAUAAUUGCAAGCAUUGCGAUCGUGUUGAAACACGUGAAAACAUUUUCAAGGAAAAUAAGGAGAAGUUUGAAGCAGAUGGAGACAAGGUGACCUUUACUGGAUCAUCAACUGCUACAAACCUAAUUGCCCGUAUAAUAGAAACUGAAAAUGAACUGAUCAAGAUAAUCAGUAAGGAAGAACUUCGAAACAAACAAUUGCAAGACCCACAUAUUGGUCCAAUAAUGAGGUGGCUCGCACAAAGUUCGCAGCGACCUGAAUGGGGAAAUAUCUCGACAGAAAGUGAGGAAACAAAAGUCCUUUGGGCUCAAUGGGAUAGUUUAACGUUACGCGAAAACAUAUUAUAUAGAGUUUGGGAAACAUUAAAUGCUAAGGAUGUCGCACUUCAACUAGUUGUUCCCAAAAGUUUAAGAGAUACUGUAUUGCGACAGUCACACGAUUGUGUUACCUCGGGACAUUUUGGAAUUAGCAAGACUUUAGCGAAAGUGAAGCAAGGAUUUUAUUGGAUUGGUUGUCGAAAUGACGUUAAAACAUGGUGUAAACAAUGUGACUUAUGUAAUUCUCGCAAAGGCCCAAAACGGAGAGAGAAGCUCCACUCCAAAUAUAUCAGGUUGGAUCACCUAUGGAACGGAUCGCUAUACAUGUGCUAG